GCAUCAUUUUGUGUUGGUUUCCAUCGCUUACCAUCAUGAAAUCCUUUUCGGUAGCCGUCUUCUUGUUGGCAGUUGCUUGUCUUUACCAAGGCAGCAAGGCCGACUCAGCCGAAGCCAAGACCGUUGAGAAGCGUGGAGUCAUUACUGGUCUCUACAAAUCCAUUGGCAGCUACGGCUACGGAGGCGGCUAUGGAUCAGGAUCCAGCGGAAUUGGACUCGGAUCGGGUGGACUCGGAGGCGGCGCUGGGAUUGGACUUGGCGGCGGUAUUGGAGCUGGAGGCGCCGGAAUUGGAAUCGGAGGCGGCGGAAUUGGUGGUGGAUUUGGCGGAGCGGGAGGAGCUGGCGGUGCUGGUGGUGGCGCCACCGUUUCCACUGUCACCCAGACAGUACCAGUACCUGUAGCUCAGCCAUACCCCGUUACCGUCACUAGACCAGUACCAGUUCCAGUACCACAGCCCUACGCCGUGGCUGUACCUCGCGCAGUGCCAGUACCAGUGCCAGUCCCCAACCCAGUCGUCGUCCCUAGACCAGUACCAUACACAGUGACUCGCCAAGUACCAGUACCAGUCACCGUACCCAUUCAAGUCCCAGUACCACAGCCCGUCGGAGUACCAGUUCCCCAACCUUACCCAGUCACCAUCCCACAGCCCGUGCCAGUCAGAGUACCACAAACCCUCGUCGUCCCAGUGCCUCAGCCUGUUGUAGUUGGAGGAGCCGGCGGUGGAUUGGGCGGCUUUGGAGGCAUCGGGGGCGGCAUCGGCGGCAUCGGAGCCGGCAUCGGCGGCAUCGGAGCCGGCAUUGGCGGCAUCGGUGGUGGUUUCGGCGGCAUCGGCGGCAUUGGCGGUGGAUUCGGAGGACUGGGUGGAGGUUAUGGGCAUGGAGCCAGCAUAUAUGGUCACAAAUAUUAGUUAGUUCCGAAAUCUUACAACCAGUUUAAAUGCGAUGGAUAUUUCAAUAAAUCAAUAUUAUUAUAA